AUGGUGGACUCAUCGGGAAUCAGUGUGGUCGAUGAGAAGCACUCCCUGCCCAUCGAGCCAGAAGCCCUAGGCGAGACGACGAUCGAGCAAAAUGGAAUGAAAACACACCCUCAACCAGCUUCAGACCCCUUAGAUCCGCUGAACUGGUCGACUCUGGAAAAGCAUACCAUACUGGGGAUUGUCAUGCUCAAAUAUUUCCUGUUCACGUAUCUCACGACGACCACCGUCCCCUCGUUUCCUGACUUACAGACCACUUUCGAUAUCAGCUACUCUGAAGUCAACUGGACGGUCGCAGUCCCUGCCCUGGGUCUGGCAGUUGGGCCGUUGUUCUGGACCUCUUUCGGUGAUAUAUACGGCCGCCGGAUUGUCUUUAUCAUUGGCACUGUCGUCGCGCUGGUGUCGACCAUUGGUGCGGCAGCUGCAGAUAAGUAUGGCAGUUAUAUGGCUGCUCGCUUCUUUCAAGGAUUCGGCGUUAGUCCAGCUUCGUCGGUUGGGAUGGCUGUCGUCAACGAUCUCUUCUUCGACUAUGAACGCGGACAGAAGCUUGGCCUGUGGGUUCUGGCAAUCGAUUCAGGGCUCCUGCUAGGACCAACGUUCGGUGGCUUCCUGAAUGUCGUGAGCGCCGCAUGGAUCAACUGGUUCAACGCCAUCCUCUUCGCAGCCUUGCUUGCUCUCGAACUCUUCCUCAUGCCCGAGACCUUGUACCCUCGCACCACCAUGCUCCAACACAUGCCGCCUUGCGUCAACGGACUCUCCACCACCGACAUAGAAAACAACCCAACCCGAGAGAAGACGACCACCACCACCACAGCAGCAGCAGCACAAUCACCCACAGCGGGACCCGACCUCCCCAGAACAAAGAACCUCCCCUUCCUCAACUUCCGCCCCAUCCCCGGCAUGCGCCAUCCCAAGCCCUGGGACUCGAUCACCCGCUUCAUCCUCACCUUCCGCCUCCCCGCCGUCGUGGUCAGCGUCCUCGGAUACUCGUUCCUGUGGUACUGGUGGAUCCUGUCCGUGAUCACGAUGGUGCCUGCCGCGUACGCAUCGCACACACCCGUGGUGCAGGGCCUCCUGUUCCUCGGCCUCUUUCUGGGGACGGUGGUCUCAGAGAUCUGCUGCUCGGGCAGGCUGAGCGACUACAUCGUCGGGAGACUGGCGAAGAAGAACGGCAACGUGCGCGUCGCCGAGAUGCGGCUGUGGCUGGCCUACCCUGCUAUUCUCAUCACGGCCGUCGGCUUGAUUCUCUGGGGCGUGAGUAUCGACAAGAACUACCACUGGAUGGUGGGCCAGGUCGCGUUCUUCCUGUUCGCUGCUGGAGUCCAGGUUGGGAACACCGUCACAAGCAGCUAUAUCAUCGAUAGCUAUCCGCUCCAGUCGACCAGCGUGGUCAUCUUCUAUGCCGUCUUCCUCAAUCUGAGUGCCUUCAUCAACCCGUUCUUCAUUGCGCCCUGGCAAGCGCAGUCUGGGUAUACGUGGACGUUCACCACACAAGCGUUGAUCGUCGCGGUUGCUGGAACAGGUGUGUUUGCGUUGUUGCAGAAGUAUGGUGCGCUGAUACGCAGGAAAUCACCUGUGCCUUCAUGGGUGAACCCGGAGUUUGAUUCGGGGAGUUAA